AUGGAAGAGAAGAAGAGAAAUGAAGCAGACGAAGCAAAGAAGAAGAAGAACAAGAAACGAGAGAGUGAGGAGAAGCAGCGAAUGUACCGUGGGGUACGCAUGCGUCAGUGGGGUAAAUGGGUGUCGGAAAUAAGAGAGCCCAAAAAAAAGUCCAGAAUCUGGCUCGGCACGUUCCCCACGCCAGAAAUGGCGGCUCGAGCCCACGAUGUGGCCGCGCUCACUAUCAAAGGCACUUCCGCUUUCCUAAAUUUCCCCGAACUAGCCUCAUACCUUCCGCGCCCGCCCACCACUUCUCCUAAAGACAUUCAAGCCGCCGCCGCCGAAGCUGCUGCACUCAAUUGCGACGCCCAGCCUCAGGCCCGAGCUCAAGCCCGAGCCCAAGCCCAGAUUAUGCCCGAUGGGGAUGACGCGUUCUUGGACCUCCCUGAUCUUUUAGCUGACUCAAGUCAGAGUGCAGGUGGCUUUGGUUACUCUGCGUCGUGGUUCGUAGCCGCACCUGAACAUCUUGACUCUGCUUUUCGGCUCGAUGACCCUCCUUUCCCCUGGGACUCUUCACUUUAAAAAUUGCAUAUAUAUCUUUGUUUUGUCUCUUUCUUUUAUCACAAAAACUUGCGUAUAUAAUUCUUUAGGCAUGUUUGGCAUAAUGUUUUUCAACUUCUUCACCAUCCACUCCACUCUUGUGGUAACCUUAAUGCCUUUUCUUUAUCCUAUAAAACUGUCUCAAUAAACUAUUUCAACCAUAUUACACAUCUCUUUUAUUCAAUAUCAAAACCAUUAUUAUACAUUUG